AUUCUUUACACAAUGAACAGACUAUUUGGAACCUCUAAAAAGACACCAAAACCUACACUCAACGACGCAAUAUCUUCGACGGAUGGUCGUGCUGAUGCUGUUGAAGUCAAAGUCAAGAAACUUGAUGCUGAACUUACAAGGUACAGAGAUCAGAUGAAGAAAAUGAGAGAUGGACCUGCCAAGAGUGCAGUACAGCAAAAGGCGUUGAGAGUCUUGAAACAAAAAAAACUCUAUGAGGCUCAGCGAGACAACUUACAGCAACAGUCCUUUAAUAUGGAACAAGCACAAAUGACAACCGAAAAUUUGCGUAAUGUUAUGGCUACAGUAGAUGCUAUGCAGACAGCGAAUAAGGAAAUGAAAAAGCAAUACAAGAAUGUUGACUUGGACAAGAUUGAUCAAUUGCAAGAUGAAAUGGAGGAUUUAAUGGAGGCUGCAAACGAAGUUCAAGAAUCACUUGGUCGAUCUUAUAAUUUGCCUGAUGAUAUUGAUGAAGAUGACCUUGCAGCAGAAUUGGAUGCUCUUGGUGAUGAGCUUGAUUUUGAAGACGAAGUCCCUUCUUAUCUACAGGAUCCUACUGAGGAUCUUCCAAAGGUUGCCGAAACAGAUCCUAAACAGCAGCACGAGAUAUUGUUGGAUGAAUUUGGACUUCCAAUAGCUGCCCAGACCCCAAUGAAAGCAUAAUAUCAAAUAUCAAAUAUAAAUAAAUAAAUAAAUAAAUAAUAAUAAAAGAAAGAAAAAAGAGGCAGGCAAAUGUUUAAACUUU